AUGAUAAAGCGCUCUCCAGUUCUUCUCGCCACAGCGCAAUUGAUCGCCUCGAAUCCGGAGACUGGAGAAAGAAUCAUCGCUCGCGCUCUACUCGAUCAAGGAUCCGAAAGUUCAUUCGUCACGGAGUCGCUAGCGCAACAAUUGCGACUACGUCGGCAUCAAGCAACGAUACCGAUCAUUGGCGUCGGAGCUCAUCAAUCGGCAGUGACUCGCGGCAUCGCGACAUUGCAACUCCAAUCUCGUGCUCACACCUCGUUCUCGUGUCAGGUGGAGGCACUCGUGCUUCCACGACUCACAUUGUAUCUACCCUCAUUUCGACUUCUCGUCGAAGACUGGCCUCAUCUACGAGGACUCAACCUCGCGGAUCCAAGCUUUGCACAUCCCAGUCAAAUCGACGUAAUUCUCGGAGCUGACAUCUACAGCAACAUCAUUGGUCAAGGAGUUCGAAGAGGAGCACCAGGAACACCAAUCGCGCAAGAAACUCAGUUCGGUUGGGUCCUCUCCGGCUGCGUUUCAGCGGAAGCAGCAAGCCCCUCGUAUAGCGCAGUCCAAGGCUUCCAAUGCUCCCUCGAUCACGAACUGCUCGAUCUCGUGCAGCAGUUUUGGAAGCAGGAGGAAGUGUCGAAACCUUUGGCACUAACUUCCGAAGAAGAGCGUUGUGAGCAACACUUUCGCGAAACGGUUUCUCGAACUGCGUCCGGUCGUUACGUAGUUCGGCUGCCGCUCAAAGACAAUUCGGUAGAGCUCGGCAACUCGCGGAAUCCCGCGCAUCAAAUGCUCCUUCGUUUGGAGAAACGGUUCGGUAGCGACGCGAAACUCAAGGAGGCUUACUCGAGCUUCCUUCGUGAAUAUCGUGAACUCGGGCGCAUGCGUCGCGCUAUCAAUACACCUGAAGACAAUUCCCGCGUGUUUUAUCUUCCCCGUCACGGUGUAGUUCGCGACAGCAGUUCAACAACAAAGUUGCGUGUCGUGUUCAACGGGUCUCAAAGAACCAACCUCGGACUCUCUCUCAAUGACAAUCUUCUCGUCGGUCCAAAAGUGCAAACCGACCUCGCGGACAUUCUCUUACGCUGGCGACAAUAUCCAGUCGCGUUCUCAUCAGACAUCGUCAAGAUGUACCGACAAAUUUUGGUCCACAAUGAUGACCAAGAUUUUCAGCGAAUCCUCUGGAGGGAAGAACCAGAGCUACCGAUUGAAGAAUAUCAACUGACUACGGUAACGUAUGGUCUUGCAAGCGCUUCGUAUCUCGCGAUCCGUGUUCGUCAUCAACUCGUUCAGGACGAAGGUAAGCAGUAUCCCUUUGCGAGCCACGUCAUUCUCGAGAACACGUACGUCGAAGACAUCCUCUUAGGAGCAGAGGACCUUCAUCAAGGUCGCGAGAAAAUCAACGAACUCAAUCAAUUGCUCAAGGCGGGCGGCUUUGAACUUCAAAAAUGGACUUCAAGCCACCCAGAAACUCUCGUUGACAUUUCUCGAAACCAUCAAGAGAUCGCGAUGCAUCUGAAUCUCGAUCAAAGUCCAUUCUUUCGGGCUCUCGGUCUUGCGUGGAGACUAGACAUCGACGCGUUCGCGUUCUCUCCGCAAAUUCAUCAAACUCGGGACAAUUUCACGAAACGAAAAGUUCUCUCACAAACCGCGCAGCUCUUUGAUCCUCUCGGAUGGCUCUCGCCGAUCACGAUCAGAGCCAAAAUCUUUAUGCAGGAAUUGUGGGCACUCGGUUUCGACUGGGACGAGCCGAUCUCAGCUUCAUUGUCCUCGCGAUGGAUCGAGUUUCUACAAGAUCUGCAAGGCAUCUCAGCUAUCACCAUCCCACGAUGGAUCGGGUCAAGUUCAGCAUCUCUCGGGAUAGAGAUCCACGGUUUCGCGGACGCCUCUCAAAGUGCAUUAGGCGCAGUGAUCUACGCGCGAACGUAUAUCAAUACUCACGAAGUGCGCGUUUCACUAGUGUGCGCGAAAACUAAAGUAGCGCCGCUAAAGAAGGUGACAAUUCCUCGUCUCGAACUCUGUGCUGUGAAUCUUCUCGUCCGGUUGAUGUGUCAUGUGGAAAAGACUCUUAAUUUCGAAAACACCCCGGUUUAUCUGUGGACGGAUUCCACAGUCGCGCUCGCGUGGAUCAAAAGCCACCCAUCGCGGUGGAAAGAAUUCGUUCGUAAUCGCGUAACGGAAAUCCAAGAGUUCGCGCGCGCUCGUUGGUAUCACAUCUCGGGUUCUGAAAACCCCGCUGAUCUUGCGUCUCGUGGUGCAUCUCCGGAGCAACUCCAACAAUCAGAACCUUGGACCUUCGGACCAUCCUGGCUCUCGAAGCCUUCUGUCAAUUGGCCAUCCUUAUCUCCGCGACCGGAAGAAAACAUUCAUCUCGAGGAAAGAAAAGGGCUGUCGACGCACAUCGCAACUGCUAAGCCGCUACAAAUCUGGGAUCUCGUCGAUCGCUACUCAAAACUAUCGACUCUCCUCAAAGUCACAUCAUUGUGUAAAUGCGCAGCAAAUCGGUUCCUCGCGAAGACGAUAUCGAAUCGCGUAAACACGUCUAUCACUGUCGGACCGAUCUCUACUCUCGAAUUGAGCGACGCCCAACUGUUUUGGACCAAGGUGACCCAGCAGGCGUACUUUGCAGAAGAAAUUCGCCAAAUCGAGACAAGCUCAAGUCUCACUCGAAGUCAUCCACUAUCGCGACUCACGCCGUUCAUCGAUUCGAACGGAUUCCUCAGAGUCGGUGGUCGACUGAAUCACUCAUUGCUUUCGUAUGAGGAAAAGCACCCGUUCAUCUUGCCUCGCGAAUCAUCGUUCUCCACAUUGAUCAUCGAUCAUCAUCAUCGGUUGACGCUCCACGGAGGUCCGCAACUCACUCUCGCUACAAUCCGACAGCGGUACUGGAUCCUGGGAGGAAGAGUACCGAUCCGCACGUUCAUACAUCGUUGCGUUCCUUGUGCGCGUCAUCGCGCCACCCUCAGCAGCCAACAGAUGGGCCAACUCCCUCAGUCUCGAGUCACGCAAUCAAGGCCGUUUCUUCACUCUGGCGUUGACUACGCUGGGCCAUUCUCGAUUCGAGCCUCCCGCGGAAGAGGAGCGAAAUCAUGCAAGGGAUAUAUCGUUAUCUUCAUCUGCUUCACGACCUCGGCUGUGCAUCUCGAGCUAGUUUCGGACGACGGAGGCUUUCAUCGCGGCGUACAAACGCUUCACAUGUCGACGAGGAAUUUGUGCCUCAAUCGCAAGCGAUUGUGGAACGAAUCUCGUCGGUGCAGACUCAGAACUUCGCCGUCUUCUCGCUGCAUCGUCAAAGGAGUUCUCAGAAAUCGUAAACAUCCUCGCAUCACACGGAACCCAGUGGCGUUUCAAUCCUCCCUCCGCGCCUCAUUUCGGUGGAAAAUGGGAAGCCGGAGUGAAAUCAGUCAAAUUUCACCUCAAACGAGUCAUCGGAGAAGCUACUCAAACGUUCGAGCAAUUCGCGACGUUCCCCACGCAAGUAGAAGCCACGCUUAA